CAGAGUUUUAGGGCCGCCAUAGAGAGACAUUGUCGUCGACGCUGUCGUGUUGUAUCACUACAUAUAUUGGGAAAUCCUGUUUAAGACCAAUAAAUAUGUGAUCAGCCCAUAGGCUAUAAAACAGGUGACCCCACAGUCAAGGAUUUGAAAAAUCAUUUGAAAGCAUUUUUUGGCACUUUUCAAAGAUUUGCAGAAGAUUUUAAUUUAAUUUGCUUUCAAACUCAUUCGUGUUUACAUCAAAACUACUUUUAUUUACUUCACAUUUCUUUUGCGUUUAAAACCGAAAAACAUUGUACAAAAUGGUCGUCGAUGUCGAGGGAGAGAUUGUCAACACAUCCGAAAGUGAUGUGAAAGAGACAAAGAAUACUAAACGACCGGAAAGAAAGAGUGGUAACUAUAUAAUGGAGUCAUUGCCAGAGAAUGGCAAUACAUUUCACGUCAUCUUCUCGAUGAAGGAGAAGGUGGGCGCUCUCGCAGACGCGCUUCAGAUCUUUAAGGACAAUGGCGUGAAUUUGUGCCGAAUUGAGUCGCGAUCAUCGAAACGCUUUAACAACGACUACGAGUUUAUAGUGGAGUGUUGUUCACAGAAUGGAUCGUUGAAUAAGGCUUUGGAUCAGAUCAAAGAAUUCACACAAUAUUUGCAAAUUAUAUCCCGUGACCAGACAUACAACGCCCGAAGUGUCCCGUGGUUUCCAAAUCGUAUUAAGGAUUUGGACAGAUUUGCUAACCAUAUACUUUCCUAUGGAUCAGAAUUGGAUGCCGAUCAUCCCGGGUUCACAGAUACCCAAUACAGAGCUCGACGCAAAUACUUUGCUGAUUUAGCAUAUCACUACAAAUAUGGAGAAAAACUUCCACACAUUGAAUAUACAAAACAAGAAACCGAGACCUGGGGUAAGGUAUUCAACAAUUUGAUCAAACUAUACCCAACGCAUGCCUGUCGAGAACACAACCAUAUAUUCCCGUUAAUGAUUGAAAACUGUGGCUAUAGAGCCGACAAUAUUCCUCAACUCGAAGAUGUGUCCAACUUUCUAAAGGACUGCACUGGAUUUACUCUGAGACCAGUGGCGGGACUGUUGAGUUCCCGAGACUUCUUGGCCGGACUUGCUUUCAGAGUGUUUCAAACCACUCAAUACAUACGACACCCUUCUAUGCCAUUAUACACACCGGAACCGGACGUGUGUCACGAGUUGUUAGGCCACGCGCCUCUCUUCGCUGAUCCCAGUUUUGCUAAGUUUUCGCAAGAAAUAGGUUUGGCGUCAUUGGGAGCGCCCGAUGAAUACAUCGAGAAAUUGGCCACUUGUUACUGGUUUACCAUUGAGUUCGGUCUUUGCAAACAGAAUGGAGAGAUUAAAGCCUAUGGCGCCGGACUGUUGUCCAGUUUUGGAGAAUUAGAGUACUGUAUGAGUGGUAAGCCUGAGCUUAAGAAUUUUGAUCCGUACGUGACUGGAGAUCAGAAAUAUCCGAUCACUCAAUACCAACCCAUCUAUUUCUUGGCCGAAAGCUUUGAUGACGCUCAACAAAAACUGAGGGAGUUUGCGCUUUCAAUUCCCCGUCCCUUUACAGUCCGUUAUAAUCCUUACACUCAAAGCGUUGAGAUUCUGGACUCUAAAGUUCAGUUGGAAUCUGUGGCCAGAAAUAUUCAAAGUGAAGUGCAGCUUCUUAUGGAUGCCAUGAAAAAGAUUCAUUGAGAAACACACAAAACACACGACAUUUUAUCUUUGAAAACAUACAAAUAUAUUCUUAAAUAAUAAAGUAUUAUAUUCAAGGUUUUAAACUCUAAUGCUU